GAUUUGGAUAUUGCAGCAGUAAAAAAGACGACUUGCAACCGUACCACCAACUGGUUCCCAGAGUACAUGCUGGCGUUGAACAAGAUUUUCACGAACUGAUGUCCGAAAUGCAUCAAGCGGAGGACUCCGGUAGUUCCGUUGAACGAAUGAUGCAAAGCAAAGAGGACCUUGCAUUCUGCUACGAUGCGUUGUACCUAGCCGAUAUGAACAAUGAUAACAUGGUGAACAGGGACGAAUUUGUUACGUUUGCACAGAUCAUGGGUCCAACUGGGUUUCUUCCAAACGCAAACGUCUUUCAGGACUUACCCCUCAUCUUGCAAAGUAAUUUCAUCAUCCUUUCGUGCCUUUGCUUGCAGAUGCCGACAUUUGACGGAGGAAACGUAGUUGAUCCGCAGUGUUGUGCCGUAAAUCCUCACAUCGACGUGGAUGGGUCACAACCAGGAGAGAUCCCUACCUCCCAACAGUCACAAUACCUCUAUCAGGUUUGCUUUUUGACGGAGACUUCGAUUGAACGAUUAUUGCUUAGUGAGACACCAACUACAGAACCCACUAAAAAGAUAAUUCCUACCAGUCCUCCAUCAAUGGCACCAACAAACACACCGACGAACGAACCGAGCGAUGAGCCCACCAAUACACCAACAGUAGAGCCGACAGCGGAGCCCACUGAAAUGCCCACCGACACACCGAGUGCACAUCCUACAGCUGAACCCACUGGAACACCAACUGCAGAGCCCACCAGCAAACCUACAGAUGAACCGAGCCCAGAACUUUCUGACCAACCUACCGACACACCGACGAAAGAACCUACGGAAAAGCCUUCGGGAGAACCUAGCGGAGAGCCCACCAAAACACUGACGGAUGAGCCCACAAUCUCCCCUACAGUUUCCCCUACACUGUUUCCUACAACGUCAGAACCUUCUAUGCGACCGACUACGAGCCCAACAGAGAAGGUUGAACCAACAGUCAGCCCCACUGUGCAAGAUAUAAACGUUACCCCCGUGCCCACACAAUCACCUACAGUGACAAGUGUACCGACACCGUCAUCUGUAGUGGAGGUUGCUAUUGCCAAGUAUGGAAUUGCGAUUGCCGACGGUAAGACCGAGGAGAUCCCUCAAUCGUCAUAUGAAUCCGACUUGAUUGAAAGUAUGAACAUUGUGGCUGAAGAUGUCGCAGACGACCUGAACUCAUCAUUAAACGAGGGUGAUAGGCUUCUUCAGGAGCAACGUGAAAGUGGCACUGCUCUGCGACGAUCGUUGCAACAAAAUCAUCGAAAGUUGGAGAGUAGUUUAGCCGUUAAGCUUCCGACUGUUAUUGAUGACAUUGCUGGAUCGGAAUGCCCUUCGUUUGUGCCACCGAAUGACGAGUGCAAAGCGGUGACAGCUUCCGUGGAGCUAGAUAUCGCCGCGGUCGGAAUCAAUAGCUCAACUGAUAUCAAAAAUUUGUUUGAAGAAAGAUUGAAUUCUGCUAUCGAAAACGGGGCUUUGCAGGCUGCCUUGGUCGAAGUAAAUCCCAACUCGGUUGUGUCAAUCAUCAACGGCGCCGCUCCUGGUCCACCGACGCCGACAGCGUCUCCCGUAACAUUGACGCCAACUACAGUAGCCACUGUAGAGCCUGUCCCUAUCUCUCCAGGUGGAAUAGCCGGCCUCGUUUUAGCUGGCAUUGGCGGUUUGAUCAUUGGGUUCCUCAUCAUAACUUAUUUGCGUCGUCGAGGUGCAACGGAUGGUGGAGUCAAUGCUGUCGGUGCCUAUGCCGUGCCUGCUGAAGAAUCGGCAGAUGUCGAAGAAGCGCUUCUCAAGAACACAGAGGCACAGGAAAUUGACUUGGGUUCACGAGAAGACAGCAGCUUUGACAAGGAUGAAAAAUAUGAGACCCUGCAUUCUCAAAUGCCGACCAUAGUUGAUUCGGGACCACCCAUGGUUGACACUGGUACGGUUGCAACAGCAGCCUUCAUUGGUACCGGGGGAGCGUUAGCAGCGGCAGCGGCUCUGGAAAGCAACGAUAAUCAAGCAAGCCUCGACACCAGCCCUGGAAAGAAGAAAAGAGCCUCUGGCAAUCUAUACGGUUCUGACGAGGCCUCCUCCGCUGGAGAAUCUGGCUGGUCGUCGAACCAAGAUGGCUCUUCAGCAAAUACUUCGAUGGAUGCUAGUCUAGACAGCAUACCCCAAUCAGCUAUCUCUGGAGUCUCACCAGUGGUAUUAGGUGAUAUCGCUGCAGUGGGAAGGGAUAGCGAAACUGUCGAUCAAGCAUCUCCGUCGCCGGCGAGCCCAGAAAGGUUGCAAGUAUCGACAGAGGAGGAGCAAGUCAAUUAUGUAUCUCAAAGCCUCAGUCCUACGAAUACAAUUAGUCCGGAAAAUAGCAGGAGUGCUCAAAGCCAGACCAACAGUCAAGAAAAUCAAAGCUAUACGGGAACAACUGGAACGGAAGGAAGCAUACAAUCAACCUAUUCUGAGCUUGACGAAGCCAUCCAGAAAGGUGACUGGGCCGCAGUAGGUGUUACGGCAGCUCUUUUGGCUUCUCAGGCUUACGGAGAGGAAAGUACGCAGGGCAGCAGCAAGAAUAGCAGCGUAAGAUUUAUUAGAAAAGAUGCGCCUUUGGAUCCAGAACGCGCUGCAGAAUUGGACCUUCUCGUAGAGAGUGGUGACUGGGAAGGUGUUGUAGCAGCCGCAGCCAAGUUCGACGCUCAAGAAGCGUUGCGUGGAGACCCUCAAUCGCCACAAAAUUCUGCUGGAUCUGCAGUUUCUGUAUCUUCUGCGGCUGGGUCGAACAAUAGCUCAGCUCUCUCGGGAUCAGUGGAUGGAUCCUCCAAUGGCACCAUUCCUUCCAAUAUGUCAGGAUCGCAAACUAUCGAUACGACAACAAGUCCAUCUACCUACACGGCUACCGGUCUAACUGCUACUAGCGAUACCGCCUCCACGCGGUCCAAGGCACGAAAAUUGAAUGAAAUCCGAGACGAAGUAGAAGCUUUGGUAAAUGCCGUCGUUCCGGAAGAAGCUGAAAACAUCGAUGAAAUGAUGACACAGUUCCGUGGCCGCGAGGAGGAAUUGGUAGAAACACUUAGAUCGAUGCAAGAACGAUUAGUAGCUCAAAAAGCGCGAAAGGAGAGCCAAAAACAGGCCAAACGGCAGGCAAAGGAGUAUGUACAAGACAAGAAGAAGCAAGAAUCAGCAGGAGACACUGAUGUGGCUACUGAUGCAGCAGACGACAUGUGGAUAAAAGAAAUCGAGGGAUCGAGCGGUGCCGCCGAUGCCUUAGCGGGCACUUCUGUUGCGAGAGGAGAGGCACUCGAAACACCAUUUGAAGUAGACGAAGAUGCAGAGGCCAAGGCUAUGAAGACUCAGCUUAAAGAAGCCAUCAGCAACGAGGAUUGGGAGAACGUAGCAGAAGCCGCUGCAGGUCUUUCUUCGCACGCUUUCAAAAAACCUGGAAGUUCGCAAGACAGCAGGUCGGAAGCAUCGAACCGUAGCGUUGACAUUAACGCUUUAGUUGACGAGGGUGAUUGGGAUGGCGUUGUUGCUGCUGCAAGUAAGUACAGGGAGGCGGCAAGUACCCCGGGAAGUAGUUCGAAUGCAGAAACAGAUAUACCGGAUGAUUCCACAAUAGAAAGAAGAAGAAAGCGACGAGAAGAAAGGCUGAAGGAAGAGGAAGAAGCCUUAGCACAAGCUCAGAUAUGGGAUGCCAUUGCCGACCAAACGAAGGUAGAUAACAAGGCAGAGGGAAGCGCCGCUGGACUGGCUGCAGAUUGGGCCAUCGAUCAAAGCCUUGCGGCGCUAAAGAAGGCAGAAGAGGAAGGCGAUGAAGACAGCCAGGAAUCUGAUGAAGACCAAAGAAAUGACAAUGAAAGUUUAUAACAACUUUGAUAAACAUUAGCCCAAGUUUUUGAAUGUUACAAUAAUAUUAAUCACAACAU